AUGGAAAACCUCUGGAGGACGAGGGCGCAGGCGGUGCGAUGGAAGUUGCUGAGGAACUCGCUGCUGCUUUGUUUACUCACCGGCAGCAGUGAAGCCCAGUGUGAAGGCUGCAUGGAGUACUGCUGCAAUGGAUCGCCGCCUUUCUGCUGCUCCUACUACGCCUACGUGGGGGAUGUCCUGUCGGGCACGGCCAUCUCCGGCAUCGUGUUCGGCGUGGUGUUUCUGAUGGGGGCGGUGGCGGCCCUGAUCCUGUGCGUGUGCAUGUGCAUGAAGGAAGGACGGGGCGCGCGGGUCGGCGUGUUCAGCACCUCCUACAUCAACACCGUGACCCAGGGCUACCCAGGUCCUCCACCUCCAUACACCUACGACGACGAGAUGUACCCUCCGUCGCUGCACCCCCCGCCCUACACCCCAACUCGGCCUCGGCCGGCCAACUGCUCGCCGCCUCCUCCGUACCCCGGCUGCACCCGCAAGUGAACCCCUGCAGCACGGAUCAUCUACCGGCCAGCUCAGAGGAAGCUCUCAUGGCUGUGCAUCUCUGGCCUCCAACGG